AUGGUCUCCUUCUCUUGCGAGGCAUGUGGUGAUGUUCUCACCAAGAAAAAGCUCGAUCCUCAUCGUGGCCAAUGUCGCGGCGCUUCCUUCACCUGUAUCGAUUGCAUGGUGCACUUCUACGGAACAGAAUAUCGAGCUCAUACGUCAUGCAUGAGCGAGGCGCAAAAGUAUCAGGGUGCUCUGUAUAAAGAGAAGCCCCAGAAAGGAAAGAAGGGACAAAACAACAAGCAGAAUGCGAACCAAACCCCCAACGGUCGCCACCAGCAACCCCGUGUGGAGGAUGGUUCAGAUGGCGAGGCCCUGAAGAACGCUCCUCCUCCCCCUGCUCCCACGCCCCCGCCUGCCGGUGAGGUGAGGGCCCCUCCUGCCCCGGCCAACAAUGACAAGCCUGUCAAUGUAUUCGACUACCUGGUCGCGGAGGAGACCCCGAACACCUCCAAGGUCUCUGUUGCCGAGCCCAAGCCAGAGAUGACAAUGGACCCCAAUGCCAGAUCAAUCUUCGAGCCGAGCAAGACCCUCGCUCGUAUCGACACCAACCCCAACAUGGAUGAUGAGGGUAAAAAUUACGAUAUCGCAUACGAGGAGAAUGGCUAUUCAUAUGGCGCCGGCGACAUCCCGCACUCCUCCUCGCCUCGGAACGCGUCCACAACAGAGUUCGUUACGCCGGCACCUAAGAAGAAGAAGGACCGCCGUCGCGAGGAGAAGGCCCCAGGCACCGUCAGCGAGAAGAAGCGCAAGCGUGGCCAAGCGGAGGUGCUCAGCACUCCGGGCGAAGCAGUCGAUACCCCAAUGAUGGAUGCCCCCUCCAGCAUCAUCAACAACGCCGGCACACCCAUGCUGAACCACUCCGGCCUGACCGGCGGCCUGAACCGGAUGAUGCGCUCCGCGUCCCCCGACGGCGACGACAGCCCGGAGACCAGCCGCCGCGCCUACCAAGACACCUCGUCCCCGAUCAAGCGCAGCCGCCGCAAUGGCAAAGAAGCCAACGGCAACGGCGAUCAAGGCCUCGGCAUCUCAAUGAAGAACCGCGCCGGCCGCCUCGUCUCCUCUAUGUUCGGUGGCUCAGCCGUCUCCAGCACGGAACCCGGUUCCAAGGCCCUGGUCCACGCCCGCCGCGGCAGCUCCUCCAGCGGCGACGGACAGCUCGAAGUCCGCAAGAGCAAGAAGUCGCACCGUUCGCGCGCAGACGACAACGACGACUCCCGCAAGUCCAAGCGCAAGAGCUCAAACCCCACCGACGGCGACAGACCCUCCCGUCGUCUUAAGCAAAUUGAUGAGCGCCGCGGCUCCGUUGAAUCCUCCCACGGCCACCAGGUUACUGUCUACAAGCAGUCGCGACCGCCGGCGCGCACGGGCGAGGAUCUGCAGCGCGAGCUGGCUUAUCACUUCCUCUCGCUGGUCUCGAAGGAUAGCGAGCGUGGCUGCUCCAUUAACAAGGCGCUUAAGCGCUUCCACCGUGAUCUCUCGGAUGAGUAUGAUGCUGAUCGCGGUCGUGAUAGUGGACGUAGUCGGGCAGACCGGGAGCGCAGGGUUGAUGAUGAGAAGGAUCUUUUCCGCGCGUUGAGGCUGAGACGGAAUGAUCGUGGUGAGAUCGUUGUGUUCAUUUAA